GUAGAACACUGUCUAGAAAGCAUAGUGUGCUUGGUUGCGGUUCAACCGAAUGUUGGCAUCGGACAGCUCUUUUUUUAAAAUGUUGUCCUAGGUGUAGUUGAAAUGGUUUGACCCUGUGAUAAUAAUAAUACUCAGACAACGCACCCAGAGCAAUGGGCGGAACCGUUAACAAACGAACAUACACCACAAUAUGAACAUGAGGUGUCUCACCUCCCAGACACCUCAACUCACCCCUUUUACCAACGACACCCUGCAGCUCACCAGACGCAAUCUGAGACUGGGUCUGUUGUACACUGGGAUUAUCGCCGUAUAACCUAACCGUUCUUAGCUCCCAAACAUACAAAAUAAAACCUUUAACAAGGCCAAGCAAAGAACCAAAUUUAUCCUCCCACAGCUCACUACCCAACAUAAAGGAUGCUUUCCUGAAACUAUGAAGCGACUGGAAAUGCUCAAACCCAUCAUCCGCAAGCUUCCCCUGCAGGGCAACUACGAAAUUUCUCCUAAGACUACUAUAUGCUGGACACUCCCACAAUUAUGACACUUUGUGACUAUUCACUUUGGAAGCUCACAGCUGAAGCUGGUGAGUCUAUAAAGCCAGUUUUACAUCAGUUGUGUGUGACAUUUGUGGACUACAUUCUGGAAAAAGAGUUCUAUCCCACAAUGAAUGUAAGUUGCUGCUGUGCUCACGGUAAUUACUAGUUUAAGACUGUUGCGAGUAUUGUACGGGAAUCUUUGAACGGGGAUGUAGUUGAGAUGCUGAUAAUACAUGAGUGAUAGCCAAUUGAUUUAACAGACUAUGAGGCCACAUCUGAUAUAUACUAACACUUUUUAGCAGUAAACUAUUGUAUCAGUAGCUUUCAAGAGUACUUUGUAGCUGCUGCUGACUGCUUUUGAAGACAAGUUGAGUAGGCUACAAUGACUGACCAUUGGGCCAUUCUGUUGCUGUCGUCCAGCAACCUAUAGGCAGUGGAGGCGAGGGUAGUCUAGCAUUAAGGUGUGCGUAGUAUGAAGUAGCAUUAUGAGGUUAUGAUAGGUAAUUUUGUUCAUCUUCAACAUAAAACACAUACAUAU